AUGUAUGCAGAAUUUAAGGAGCAACACUGUUUAUCUAAACAAGUUACUUCAUUAACAUCCAAAUCAGUUUCUAUGACUAAUCAAAAUGAAAAGCAAGCUUACCAUAAAGGAUUUAUCAAAUCUCAAUUUCCAAUUUUAAGUGAAAUGACCCAAAAAUUUCUUGCAAUUCCUGCAACAAGCACACCAAGUGAGUGCUUAUUUUCAGAUGCAGGAAAUGUUAUGAGUGUGAAAAGAACAUUAUUAAAGCCAAAGUUAUUUGACAGAAUGGUAUUUCUAAAACGUAAUAUGAAGGAAAUCGAUUUUAUUAUUCCUGAUGUCUAG